AUGGCUGCCGGUGGGCUUCUUCCUACAGUUCCCAAACCUGGCUUCUUUCACCUUGACUUGUUCAUCAAGGACACGAAGGAUGUUACGCCGUGGUAUGACGAUCUCAAGGAAAGGAUGGAACGGGAAAAGGGGCCGAUGGAGAAUGCUAUGACCAACCUACUGAGCAUUUUUGCUUUCCGCAUAGAACGUGGGCAAGGUGAGGCACGUAAACUAUUGGAGAAACUCACUGAAAAGGAUACAAGCAACCUGAACGCUAUCGCCAACAAACAGUUCAUCUAUGGCCGACUGAUGAGAGCGAAGGAUGAGAUGGCGUGUAGGGAUCAACUGCAGGGACUGUUGUCGGACGAAUCCGAUGCUGCCAAGGCAAGAAACGCUCGCUGUUUUGCGGAACAAGCGUAUGCUCUUACAUUUGAUAUAAGGGACGACAGCAAAGAUAUGGUUUCGAAGGUCGCAAGAAACGUUGAGGACAUGGAUGAACUAGGUGAUGCACUUGACAACUUUGCCAUGGCACUGCAGUUAGAAGACGGCUUCGCCAAUCCCAGGAUACAUGCAGCCAGAGGUCUGAGUCUUCAAGUUGCAGGAGAGCACGAAAUGGCAGCAGAGUCGUAUAAGCGUGCCGUUGAGAACGAUAAUUCUACCUUCACCGGGAACCUUGCUGGCGUGCUGAGGAACCUACUGGAACUUUUUAGAUCAGACCGCAGAGAGCAUUACAUCGCCGAACUGGCUUUCUGGAUCAACGAAGGCUACAAGAGGUACCGGUACCCAAACAUCAAACAAGCUCUUCAAGGUUGCGUCUUCAAGUUCGGUGGCCAGAUGAUACAAGUAUGCCAGUAUCUCAUUGACCAUGACAAAUACGUGCUUGCCAAGAUUUGUCUUGAUUGUUUUCAACGGCACAACAACCUAAGAUACCGCAGUACGGCAGCGACUAUGAGAAGCAGACUUCCAGAAGUAGAUGAUGAGAGAGCAUCUGGAGCGGAUGACACGUCCUCCACACGGUCCAAGUCAAACGUUCACGUGAACCUCCCAAUGGCAGUAGAGAAACCCCGACAUGGCCAUGAGUUCCAGUACGACUUCUUCGUGUCACACAGCAGCAAAGACGCCGACUGGGUGAACUACGCACUUCUACCUGCACUGGAGGGGGAAUAUCGAUUUAAAGGUUGUGUAGCUGACCGAGACUUUGCAUUAGGGAGGUAUGUGCCGGACAACAUCGUUCACAGCAUCAAGAACAGCUACAAGACCCUGCUGAUCCUCACACCAAACUUCGUGACCAGUGAGUGGUGUAAGUACGAGACAAACCAAGCCCUGGCGGAAAGUUUGGAAAGCAAGAGAGGUUGCGUCAUUCCCAUCAUGCUCGAGAAAUGUAACGUACCAGCUUCAAUCCGCAUCAUCACGUAUGUGGAUGUGUCACGUGAUGCAAUCGGCUCUUACGAUUGGUUGAAACUAAAGAAAGCUUUGGAGGAGAGGCCUCUAAACGACUAA